AUGAGUGCUAAUGGGCGCAUACGCCAUGGUCGAAACGGAAAAGAAGUCAAAAUUGGUCGAUACUUUGUAGACGGCCUCGACGAGGAAACCCAAACCGUUUACGAGUACAACGGCUGUGUUUUCCAUGGGCAUCCCGCUUGCACCGACGAAAACGAUGUGGUCCCGUACUCCAAGAAGAAAAUGCGCGAAGUCUACGAAAAAUACCUAGAACGUGAGCGCUUCCUCGAGAGCCAGGGGUACACCGUGGAAGUGAAAUGGGGCUGUGAGUGGCUCAGAGAACGGGAGGAUCCAUUCAUUGCCGGAUUUUUGCAGCACACGAACAUUCGGGAGCCAAUGAAUCCACGUGACGCCUUCAAAGGCGGAAGAACAAACGCAAGUCGUCUGUUUUACGAAGUACAGAACGGGGAAGAAAUUAGACACUUUGACGUUGUCAGCCUUUAUCCUUUUGUGAACAAAACAAAGGCGUAUCCAGUUGGUCAGCCUGAAAUAAUCAUAGCCAAUUUCAAGGAUGUCAAAGAUUAUUUUGGGCUUGUUUACUGUAAAGUCGCUGCACCGGAUGAGUGCCUGUAUCCAGUCUUACCGUUGACGAUCAACGACAAAUUGAUGUAUGUUCUAUGCAAAAAAUGCGCAAUGGAGAAAGCGACCAGUCGCUGUGUCCAUUCCGAUGAAGAGCGGUCUUUCGAAGGGAUCUGGUGCACACCUGAGCUACAUCAUGCGGUGGUUGUAGGGUACCGGGUUGUCGAAAUGUACGAAGUCUGGCACUGGGCGCAGACGGACACCAAACUCUUUGCGGCGUACACGAAUAAGUUUCUGAAAGUGAAAAUGGAAGCAAGCGGUUGGCCAGCGUGGUGCGAUACGGAUGAGAAGAAGGCAAAUUUCAUUCAGAUGGUCAAAGACCGUGAAGGUAUCAUCCUGGACCCUGACGCCAUGGUUUUUGAUGCCGGAAGGAAGAGCACCUCCAAAGUCGCGCUGAAUAGUCUUUGGGGUAAGACUGGCCAGAGCUGCGAUAUGAAUUCCACGGAAUUUGUGUACGAUCCCAAACGAUAUUCUGAUCUGUGUCGUUCAAAAGCUAUUGAAAUUCAUGAUGUGUAUGGUGUGAGUCCAACGUGUCUGAUGGUAACACAUUCGAAAGUGGAUGACUACAACGAAGGUAGCAAUGGAACGAAUGUUGUUGUUGCCGCUUUCACCACAAGCCACGCACGUCUCAUCCUGUUGGACCUCAUGGAAAAGUUAGGUGAGCGACUUCUCUACUACGAUACGGACUCUGUGAUUUUCGUGCACCGCCCCGGCGACUGGCUCCCUGAAACUGGUAGUAUCCUUGGUGACUGGGAUAACCAGCUAGAAGCUGGUGAAAACCAUAUUGUCAAAUUCGUCUCCUGCGGUCCGAAAGUCUACAGCUACGAAACAGAUACGGGGCGCAUUGAAAUGAAAGUGAAAGGAAUGACGCAGAACGGGUUCACGGAAGAUAUUCUGGAUUGGGACUCGGUUACGAAGGAGCUGACAAGGACCGGCAAGGCGUUGGAUUUCAACCAGCUCAAGCGGUUGCUGGAGGGUGUGGAUGAACAUGUGCAGGUCGUGUAUCCGGAAUACAUCAAGCGGAAUGGGAAAACGCAAGAAAUUAAUACUGUUCAAUUAGCUAAAAAGUUGAAGCUUGUGUACGAUAAACGCAUCAUGUUAGAUGAUUUCACAACGCUGCCCUUUGGCACGCGGUAG